UGUUUUUGGAAAUACUUGUCGCCGUGUGCAUAAAUUAAUUACAGGAAAUUAUAUAUAUAAAUAUCAAAAUAGCACUUAGUAAUUUUUAUGUCCUCCGCCCUCUGCUCAUCAUCUCGCCUCUGCCCGCGCCCACGCCCACGCCCACGCCCACCUGAGUGAAAUUAUCAUAAACAGCUUCGUCUUGGGUUUAUCUCGCUUGUUCGUUUCGGGUUCUUCGAUCUGAAUUGGACUGAUUGUAAUGAAAGUUGUAAUUUGUUUGGUAACAUAAAGAAGGAAAGACGAACUUGAAGAGACGAAAAGAACCAGGUUUCCUCCUGUAACGGGAAGGGCCGUUCACUCGGCCGACAUCCAAUCAGUAACACUUGUUGCAAAAGAAGAAGAUGAUGAAGUCUACGAUCCAAUUCACUAAGAAGCCGUACGUUGAGGACGUUGGUCCUCGAAGGAUGUAAGAACACAUUUUAAAUAGAAAGCAUUCAAUUCUCAACAUUCUCGGGAACUGAAGUACUGAAAUCUGCUGCAGUUGAAGUUUCUCUUGGUGUCUAUUAUGACUCCACUAAAAAGCCUAUUGACCAUGGCUUGUUAGACCCUCACAUGGGUCCACCAAACAAGUUUGGCUUUUGUAAAACAUGCAAUGGGAGUUUUCAAGACUGCCCUGGGCAUUAUGGAUAUUUAGCUCUUGCUCUGCCUGUGUAUAAUGUGGGGUAUCUAAGUACGAUGAUAGAUAUACUAAAAUGCAUCUGCAAGAAUUGCUCCAGAGUACUUCUUGAGGACAAGGACCGGCAAGAAUUUCUGAAGAAGAUGAGAAAUCCAAAGCUUGAGCCUUUGAAAAAAAAUGAGGUACUGAAGGCAGUAGUGAAGAAGUGUAAUGCCAUGGCAGCAAGUAGGAAAGCUGUUAAGUGCUCCAGAUGCGGUUACAUAAACGGCAUGGUAAAGAAGGGACCUUUGAGGAUCCAGCAUGAUAGGCCAAAAAUUGCUGACAGUUACUUGGAUGAAUGCCAUACUGCUCUUUCCCACACAAAGGAAUCAAAGGGAAAUGUCAACUUUUCUAAUACACUUGACCCUAAAACAGUCUACAGUCUGCUGAUAAAUAUGCUUGACGAGGACUGUGAGUUGCUUUAUCUGAGUGACAGACCUGAAAAACUUAUUGUUACACAUAUUCCUGUGCCACCAAUUUCAAUACGCCCUUCGGUUUUUGUGGAUGGAGGAACACAGAGCAAUGAGAAUGACAUUACUGAGAGGCUAAAGCGCAUCAUCCAAGCAAAUGCUAGUCUUAACCAAGAACUUUUGGAACCAAACCUUCAUAAUAGAAACAUGACUAGUUGGGAUGAUCUACAAAUGGAAGUUGCACAAUACAUAAAUAGUGAAGUCCGUGGACUGCCAUUUCACAUGCAAACUGCCAAGCCAUUGAGCGGUUUUGUUCAGCGUCUGAAAGGAAAACAAGGAAGGUUCCGUGGUAAUUUAUCAGGGAAGCGUGUAGAGUAUACCGGAAGGACUGUUAUUUCUCCUGACCCAAAUUUAAAAAUCACUGAGGUUGCUAUUCCUCUUCAAAUGGCUCAAAUUUUAACUUAUCCUGAGAGGGUUUCACAUCACAAUAUAGAAAAACUACGUCAGUGCAUUCGUAAUGGCCCCAACAAGUAUCCUGGUGCAAAGUUUAUAAGACAUCCAGAUGGUACUCAGAUAUCACUAAUGUUCUCUUCCAGAAAACGUCAUGCGGAUGAACUGAAAUAUGGUUACAUUGUGGAUCGGCAUCUUGAAGAUGGAGAUAUGGUUUUAUUCAAUAGACAACCAAGUUUGCAUCGAAUGUCACUCAUGUGCCACAGGGCAGUUAUAAUGCCUUGGCGCACCUUGAGAUUCAAUGAAUCAGUUUGCAAUCCGUACAAUGCUGAUUUUGAUGGUGAUGAGAUGAAUAUGCAUGUGCCGCAAACUGAAGAGGCCCGCACUGAAGCUCUUAUGUUAAUGGGGGUACAAAACAAUUUAUGCACCCCCAAAAAUGGAGAAAUAUUGGUUGCUUCAACACAAGAUUUUUUGACGACAUCUUUUCUUGUGACAAGAAAAGAUACCUUUUAUAAUAGAUCAACAUUUUCACUUAUAUGUUCCUAUAUGGGCGAUGGAAUAGACCCGGUUGAUUUACCAACACCUGCCUUAGUUAAGCCACAGGAGCUUUGGACUGGUAAACAGUUGUUUAGUGUACUAUUGCGUCCACCUGCAAAAGUGAGAGUGUAUGUUAAUCUUACAGUUAAAGAAAAAGGUUAUUCAAAAUCUGGAGAGACAAUGUGCCCAUAUGAUGGAUUUGUUUAUAUCCGUAAUAGCGAGCUACUUAGCGGUCAACUGGGGAAAGCUACAUUAGGAAAUGGAAAUAAAGAUGGCCUUUAUUCCGUUCUUCUCCGGGAUUAUAAAUCACAUUCAGCUGCUGCUUGUAUGAAUCGGCUAGCAAAAUUAAGUGCUAGAUGGAUUGGAAAUCAUGGAUUCUCUAUAGGAAUAAAUGAUGUUCAACCUGGGGUUGUAUUAAACAAGGAAAAAAAGGCUACUAUUGAUAAGGAAUAUGGUAUUUGUACCGACUAUAUAGAUGGAUACAAAUCUGGAUGUUUGGACCUGCUACCAGGCUGCAAUAGUGCUGAGACUCUCGAAGCUAAGAUCACUGGAACCCUGAAUGAUAUUCGAGAAAGAAUUGCAAAUGUUUGUAUGAAGAACUUAACUUGGAGAAAUAGCCCCCUAAUUAUGUCCCAGUGCGGUUCAAAAGGGUCUCCGAUUAACAUUUGUCAGAUGAUUGCAUGUGUUGGCCAGCAAUCUGUUGGAGGCCGUAGGGCUCCGAAUGGAUUCGUUGAUCGAACUCUGCCUCAUUUUGGAAGAGGAGCCAAGGACCCAGAUGCAAAAGGCUUUGUUCAGAAUUCCUUUUACAAUGGUUUAUCAGCAACUGAGUUCUUUUUCCACACCAUGGGAGGGAGAGAAGGUCUUGUUGAUACUGCGGUUAAAACUGCUGACACAGGUUAUAUGUCCCGUAGACUUAUGAAAGCUUUAGAGGACCUAUACAUUCAGUAUGAUGGAACAGUUAGAAAUGCUAGUUCUUGCAUUGUACAAUUUAAGUAUGGGAGUGAUGGUAUGGAUCCUGCACAGAUGGAAGAUAAAAAGGGGCACCCUCUGAACUUUGAAAGGUUGUUUAUGAAAGCUAAGGCCACCUGCCCUGCAAGAGACCAAAAGAGUUUAAAAAUUGAAGAAAUUGAGAAAAUAGUUGAUCAGACUAUUGAUGAGAAACUCUCAAUAUCAAUUUUACCUGAAGGUGAUUUGCCGUCAAAAGAGGAUUCAGAUAGUUUUGGUAACUCAUUAAAGCGUUUCAUCAAGAAGGAUGUUUAUCCACGAUCACUUAUUGCGAUGAAAUUGAAUGAAGAGCAAUAUUCUGAAGAAGAUAGGAGUUAUUUAGACGACCUGGCCUCAAGAAUUUAUGGAAUUACUAGGCAACAGCUAAUGGUCUUCCUAGAAACCUGCAUCUCUCGUUACAACUCAAAGAAAACUGAAGCUGGUACGGCAAUAGGUGCAAUUGGUGCCCAGAGUAUUGGAGAGCCUGGAACACAAAUGACAUUGAAAACUUUCCACUUUGCUGGCGUUGCUAGCAUGAAUGUCACCCUGGGAGUUCCACGAAUAAAAGAAAUUAUUAAUGCAGCAAAAAGAAUCAAUACCCCAAUUAUCAAGACAAAGCUGCAAUUAGUUGACAGUGACAUAUUUGCCAAAGUAGUGAAGGGACAUAUUGAGAAAACCCUUUUGGAGCAGGUGGCUAAGUAUAUAAGGAUUAAAAAAGUCUCUAGAUCAGUGUCUAUCGUCAUUAGACUUGACAUGACAAGGAUAAAUGGUGCUCAACUUUCCAUCAACGCCGAUACUGUGAAAAAAGCAAUUCUACAAACUCCAAAAAUGAAACUGAAAGAGCAGCAAGUCAAGGUAUUGGGUGACUGGAAAUUGGAAGUUGUUCUGUAUACUGAUAGAAAUAAACUCCAAUUUGAACUCGAUGCACUUAAAAGUAAGCUGGCCAAAGUAGUUGUGAAGGGAAUAAACACUGUUGAACGUGCUAUAAUAGUGAAUAAACCCAAGAAGAAAGAUCCACAUAGCAAAAACUUGAAGUUAGUGGUAGAGGGGACUGGUCUUCUAUCUGUCUUGGGCAUUGAUGGAGUUGAUGCGCAGAAGACCAAAAGCAACCACAUCAUAGAAGUACAGCAAACUCUAGGAAUUGAAGCUGCAAGAAAGCAGAUUAUUAAAGAGAUAAAUAUCACUAUGAUGAGGCAUAGUAUGACCAUAGACAUACGUCAUAUGAUGCUGCUGGCAGAUUUAAUGACAUUUAAGGGUGAGGUUUUGGGAAUAACAAGACAUGGUGUGCAAAGAAUGAAAGAUAGUGUACUGAUGCUUGCUUCAUUUGAAAAGACGUCAGAUCACCUUUUCAAUGCUUCUGUAAAUGGAAGGCUGGAUAAGAUUGAAGGAGUUAGUGAAUGCAUCAUUAUGGGUAUCCCAAUGCCGGUUGGCACUGGAAUGCUUAAAGUUAGGCAAAGUGUUCCGCCAGUUGAGUUAGUUUAUGGUCCAGAUCCAAUUAUAUGCUGAAAUUUUCUGAAGACCUCUGUACUUUCAAGGGGCAUUGCAUUUGGUCCUGGAAGUUGAAAUAUAUUAGAAGAGCCAAUAAUUCAUUCUGCAUGUGUACAUAGUACAAGCUUUUAAUUGUGUAUAUUUUGGAAGUAGGAUCGAAUUGGUGAUUACAAAUUUGAUAGCGGUCAAGAGCCAUUGAAGGCAUGCGUCACUAGGGACUGAGGCAAGAUCAAUGCUUCAUUAUUAGUCAGAUAGAUAUCAUUGUUGUUCUUCUUGCCCUUGUAUCUUUAUUGAGAAUGUAGACUUGAGCGCUUCAACUCUUGCUCCCAUUUAUUCUAUAAUAUUUUUAUUUUUAUUCUAUUUUUAUGGUCAUAUCCAUUGUUGUUAAUAGUUAGCUAGCUCAUAAUGGUGCUAAUAUUGGUGUUGUGGAGCGGAGCAGCAGUUUAUUACUAGGCUCCUCUGCUGCUUUGUGAUUAGAGUUAAAUGAACAAAGUCAGUCACGCAGUGGGUUGGGUUGGAGCUAUAAAUAACGAAUCAUUUAAGGAGUUUAGAGUUCCACAAGUUGAUAUCAACUUUAAUGGUCAUUCAUGUAUUGAAGGGUUCCGAUAGUGGGUUUCAAGAAGUUAUAAACUCUUUACGGAGUCUCCUUAUUUCUUGUCCAUGUCUCUCUCUUAUAUAUUCCUUCAAUUUUUUAACUGAGUGUCAUUUUAAAACAAAACUGAAAUUGUGAUUGAAAUUUGCAAACACAACCAAAACUACCAGACGCUAGAUUAAAAAUAAUAGAAUAUUUAGGUUCCAAUUUACUCAGAGUCCAAUCGAUGAGUAGCUGUUUGCGGGUGUUCUGCAUUAUUAUAAAAACAAUAGAAUAUUUCCAAAUGUUUAAUAAGAAAAUACUAGAUAUUUAAUUAGAAAAUACUAGAUAUUUGGAAUGUGUCUAGGAAAUAAAUAAAGCUCUUAACGAUCCGAGCCGAGCCGAGCUAAAUUUUAAGUGUUUGUUAACAUUUACGAACAAGGUUUGUGUUUGUUCGUUAAGCUUUCGAGCUCGGUUCGUUGAAAAUUUUUGUUGUUUGAGCUCGUGUUCAUGUUCGUUAUCAUACUCCCUGAAUUGAUGCAUGUUAAUAAUUACUUUUGUGAGAAAAUAUGCUGCUUUUCUUGCUUUAGUUUUAUUAACGAUGAAAUAUAUGAACGUUGCAAACAAAUAAUAAAUGACAUGACAUGACAUGAAGAAACAAUGAAUAUUCAAGAAAAAUGCAUGCAUCAUACAUUACCUGUGUCAUCUUCGUACAAUCAAGGUACACAGGCCUAAUUUCAAAUGUUAUAUUUUUUAUCAAUGGAUGUGUUUUGGUGUUCAUGGUUAAUCAUACUUUUUGGUUU